AAAAAAAACUCUUGUUUCACCCGGCUCCUAUCCUUUGACUGCCAAUAGUUCAGUUCAGUGAUGAUACUCCGAAUGCAGCUGCUUCUUCCUCAGCCCCUAUCUCCCCACUACUCUUCCUCCUCCACCACCGGCUUAAACCCCAUUUCCACUCCCAAACCCCUCAUUUCCCGAAAAGCCCUCAACUCCCACCACACCCCCACCACCACAACAGUUGACUCCGGAUUAAAAUUCCGGGAGAAAAUCCUCUACCUCGAAUCCCUCAAAGUCAAUCCCACAAAAGUCCUCCAGAAAAAUCCAAAUCUCCGUUCUGCCCCUCUCUCCUCUCUCCAAUCCGUCGAGCACUGCCUUUCUUCCAUGGGGAUAGAGCAGUCUGCCCUAGGCCGCAUUCUUGACAUGUUCCCCCAGCUCCUCACAGCUGACCCCAGCAAUCAAAUUUACCCUGUUUUCGAGUUUCUGUUAAACGACGUCGAAAUCCCUUAUUCCGAUAUCCGUAAAUGUAUAAUCAGAUGCCCCAGAUUGUUAGUCAGUGGUGUCGAGAGUCAGUUAAAACCCGCGCUUGAAUUCUUGAUAAAAUUGGGUUUUGUUGGCGCCAAUAGAAUCACUUGCCAAACCACUGUUUUAUUGGUAUCCAAUGUAGAUCAUACCUUAACUCCCAAAAUUGAUUUCUUGAUGGGGUUGGGAUUUGAGUACAACGAGGUGGCGAAGAUGGUGAUCAGGUCACCUGCGCUGUUGACAUUUAGCAUAGAGAAUAAUUUUAUGCCGAAAUUGGAGUAUUUCUUGGAGGAAAUGAACGGGGAUUUGGAGGAGCUGAAGAGAUUCCCGCAGUAUUUUUCGUUUAAUUUAGAGGGGAAGAUAAAGAAAAGGCACCGGAUUUUGGUGGAACACGGGUUGUCAUUGCCGUUAUCAAAGAUGUUGACAGUGAGUGACGGGGAGUUCAAUGCCCGGUUGAUUGAAAUGCAGUUGGAAUUAGUAGAGGAAAGGCAGUUGUAGUAAGUUGGCUCUGAUUUUUCAGUUCUGUUUAGAUGUAAAUUUUGGUGAAGACAGCCCAAUGUCAAGUAUAUUUUUGUUCAUUGUUUGUUAAAAAUUUGCACUUUAGUCAGCUGUAUGUUCGUUUACACAAAAAAGAUAAGGUCUUCCUUUCCUAAAAGAUGAGUUUGAUAGCUAA